AUCUUUCCAGGAUAACAUCUUCCGAGGCCAAACGAAGCCAAUCGUACCGCCUGACUGGACUUACUUGCACACCGGCGCCGUGUGGCCGGAUGCGGACGCCAUCAUCGAGGCGCACGUCAAGAACAUCCUCAGCCUCGCCGACAUCGUGGGUCUCAGCACGAGCAACACGACCGACGAACCCAACACGGUACAGUUCGUGGGUAACAGCCCCCGUUUCCUUUGGGCAUCGCCUCCGAACCCGAUUCGUGGAAUUCUCCCCGGCAUUCGAGGCAUGUUGGGAAUGCUGCAGGAGUUCCCCCGCUGGAAGCAGGUCCUGGGCAAGAACAAGCUCUGUUUCUCGGUCUCCUCGUCGAUAAACUACGCCAAGAACCUCAACCGCGACAUCGACUUCAGGGUGGAUAUGGAAGACUCGGAUGACAGCGUCAUCCGAUUCUAUCGCUAUAGGUUCACUACCAUAGACAACCGCACCAAGGAAUACCCGUUACAAGAGUUCGACUUCAAGUACGAGUUCGAUAACCCCACCCACACCCACUUCUGGAAUCUGCGCGUCGCGGGCAACCUGAAGGGGUUCUUCGCUUACGACGACGCCAGUACGCUCGAUUACAAGAUAAAGGAGCUACUGAACGCCUACCCGGACGACCGAUGCGUCGUGUUCGACGACCUCGGAGACGACGCGUGGGAGGCAAACUUCAACUACGACGGUCAAACGGUGGCCUUCGGGAAGUACGGAAUGCUCCACGUCAUCGCGAGCGCCAUGGUGCAGAGAUACGGCCAGGCGUUCCCGUCGAACUAUUACUAGGGUGCAAAGGAGACCUUUAUACUUGGCGGGCGCGUCCUGGUGCACGCUGAGCAGGACGCCAAUUUUCGACGCAUCGUCGUGCACAGAGACCGAAGGGUUGGCGCGUUGGGCGAACGCCCCAAGUAUUGCUAUCUCCGGAAAACAAUAAAUAGUGGCAGAGAU